UUCCUCUCGUCGCCUUCCCGGAGUCGGCGCGUUCUGUGUGCGUCACUUCCGUGCGGCGCGGAGCGGAGCGGAAAGUCCAACGGCUUGAGGAGCAACAUGCCUAAGUUUUAUUGUGACUACUGUGAUACAUACCUCACCCACGAUUCUCCAUCCGUGAGAAAAACACACUGCAGUGGUAGGAAACACAAAGAGAAUGUGAAAGACUACUAUCAGAAAUGGAUGGAAGAGCAGGCUCAGAGCCUGAUUGACAAAACAACUGCUGCCUUUCAACAAGGGAAGAUACCUCCUACUCCAUUCUCUGCUCCUCCUCCUGCAGGGGCAAUGAUCCCACCUCCCCCCAGUCUCCCGGGACCUCCUCGUCCUGGCAUGAUGCCAGCACCCCAUAUGGGGGGCCCUCCCAUGAUGCCAAUGAUGGGUCCUCCUCCUCCAGGGAUGAUGCCAGUAGGACCUGCUCCUGGAGUGAGGCCACCCAUGGGAGGCCACAUGCCCAUGAUGCCUGGGCCCCCGAUGAUGAGACCUCCUGCCCGGCCCAUGAUGGUGCCCACUCGGCCAGGGAUGACUCGGCCAGACAGAUAAGGAUGAAGGGAGGCUUCUUUAUGUCCGUUUUAUAUUAACUUGUUCUACUUCACCAGGAGAUCAUGGAGCUGUGACUCUGGGUGUUUUCUAACAGCAUGUCAAGGAAGACUUUCCCCCUUCCUAUUAAAAACAAUUAAAAAUAAGAGUAGUUUUGGA